CUCUUAGCCCAACACACCAGUGCCAUUCUACCACAUACGACAGCUAACUGCUGCAUAUCCACCGGGUUUACGUUUUUUUACACUCGCGGCCGCGACUUGCCUUAUAUUAUUAUUUUUUAUUACAAACAAGUAUCGAGUUUUGUUGGGUUUUAGUUUUUAGUUUGUGCUUAACCUCUACGCGCACGGACAUUAAUUUUUUCCACCAUAAUAUUUGUUUAUUUAUCAUCCUCGAUCAUGAAGAAAUUAAUAAUAUGCUUAUAGCUGAAAGCAUUUAAUAUUUUAUCUGUUGUUACUUACUAACUAGUAAUACUGGGCACGUAUGUACACAUUUAUAUGCAUAUAAAUAUAUUAUGGACGCUGUAUAGUCUUGCUCAGCACACAUGGUGUAUUGCGGUGAAGUUACACUGUGCAAGAUAUCAUCAUCAUUAUUAUUAUUAUUAUUAUCAAAUAAUAUAAUAUGAAGAAAUAAUUUAACCUGACACUACCACGAGGAAAAUUAUUUAUUUUAUUUAUUACAUUAUAUUUUUUUUUAAAUAUACAAAUAUGUAAUAAUAAAUAAUUAAAAUGAAUGUACACACCGCCGGACGCAUGCGCGUUGAAGAAAUUUCAAUUUCCCCGCAUACUUUACUCUUAAAAUGAUACUUCGUAAAAAGGAAUUGUUUUUUGGACAGAAGAAUUUCAUUUGAGAGUUUUUAAAUUGUUAAAUAUAUUUUAUAAAUCAAAUGAUAUACUGCAGAAGGUGGAAGAACUUGGGAAGAAGAAGAGAUAGAGAAGAAGAAGAAGAAAGGUCCUUUGAGAAGGAGAUAAACUAGAGAGCAAAUUUUCCGGAUGAAGACAAGAGUGGAGGAAGAAGAAAAUAUUUUUUAUCUCGCUCGCUCUUGAGAAAUCAUUGGUGUUUUUUACGACACUAGGGGAAUCGACUAGCAGUGAAGAAGGAACUUGCAAGUACUUGGAAGAGACUUGUUACAGAGUUUAAAAUAAUAUAAAGCGGAAUGAUGCCAAGAACAAAGAUAAUUCAUGUUUUGUCUACUGUUAUUUCUUUUUAUGCAAUUAUUGUAAAUUAAAGGCUUAAUUAUGACGACAACUCGGUGGGAAUUGAAGCCGCUUGUCACUUGGUCCUUCUGCCAAGUGCCAUGAUGACAGCCACUAAAUUAAGACCUGGUAAUGAUUACUCCACGUGUAUUGAUUACUCAGGUAACCCUUGGUGUUGAUGCUGAGGCUUAUAAAAUCCAGGAAACUCUGGUGGAAUUUCCAGCUAAUGAAUCCGAAACUCGGCAUUUUUAUUUGAGUGAAGAAAUGCUGGGACUUGCUGCGAUUGACAUAAAAAUAUCGGGUGUGUUUAUAGAAAAUAAAAGUGCCGUCGGUGAUGGCGAUAAUCGAGCUUACUCCGUAUCUGGUGAUGAAAAAAAAUACAGUGAAUUAAAAUAAUUAACCCAACAGUGCUCGUGGUGGUGCAGAAGAGAGUAGUAGACGAUAGUCGCCGAGCCGAUGUCAUCACGGUCGACUUAUCCCGAUGAGCCGGGUGCCGCAGGUCGUGCUGGGACCCGCCCGAGGGGCCCGAGUAGUCCCAUAGAAGGUGGGAGAGGAGUUGACGAAGAAAAAGAAACAAAGAAGAGAAAGAAGAAAAAGAAGAAGAAGUCGGUAGUGGUGGUGGCCGUCGCGAAUAACGUCGUGGAUACCACUGAGGUCAAGGUCACCGGGAAGGACAACAACCACGGAAGAACUAAGACGUCGACGACGCCAGGCACCGCCUUUAUGGGCGCACAUGCUGUCGGUGAGCGCAGGCAUGGAUGUCGGCUGUGGGGGUCACGGUGGCCUCGAGAGUGCGACAGCUGUUGGUGGCGGUGCGGAUGGCAUGCAGGAGGCGAUGGUCGCGGCUGCGAGAGAUCGAGCUGUUCGUACUGUGAGUGUACGACAAGAUCUCGCUCUUGACUUACCACCGAGGCUUCAACUCCCCGAUGGCGAGGAACGGCCUUAUGGUGCUCACGCCGGGCUCCACCUUCGUGAUCCUGAACAGGAAAGUGAAAUUUAUCAGAAAUGCGUACGACCACCUCCAAAUAGAACGAUAUUCGACAGCGAGAGUCCACCUCCCUACAGCAGAAGCCAAUCAACGAUACUGGACACACCAGAUCGGAUAAUAAGAUGUCAUAGCGCUGGUAGUUCACUGUUAAGGGUAUUUAGAAAAUUCCCAAGUAAUGUAGGUGGCUCGACACCGGUUGUGGUGGUGCCGCCAUCGAGGCGGCCUAGUCUAUCAAGCUACUCCGAAUCUAGCAGUAAUUUGAACAAUUUAUCAAGUCUGACUGUGGUACCUUGCGAGGCAGAUGAACACAACCAUCACCAUCAUCGGGAUCAUGUCUGACCCAAGCCAACGUUGACACGUUGUCAACGCGCGCAACAGUUGUGAAAUCCCAGCAAAUAUAUUAAUAUAAAUAUAAAUAUAUGUGUGUAUAUAUAUGUGUAUAUAUAUGCAUACAUUUAUUUAAAUAAAUAAUUAUUCACCGAGCGACAAGACAUAAAGAAUUCUCGUAAGCUUACGAACAAGCUUGGCUGGCUCAUCGUUCAUUUAUUUAUUUAUUUCUUCUUUUUUUCGAUUAUGUUGAUUGUAUUUUAUUAUUUUAUUUUUAUUGAACCUUGAUGGCAAUAAACCAGCGUUGGUCAUCGAAUUGUUUUAUUGUUUGCGCCUACGAGCUUACUCGUCGUCGUCGUUGGGGAUACGGAUGAAGGAGUAGGAGAUUCUAAAGACUGACUCGUCGAAGAUUAGUUAAAAAGAAGAUGAAGAAGAAGAAGAAGA